CCCAGACGAGUCCUUCUCUCUCUCUCUUUCUCUCACUCUCUCUCUCUCUCCGCUCUGCGAGAUGUUCUGGACCAAGGUCUUCGUCCUCUCUCUGCCGGCCGCCCUCCUCAUCCUCACCUUGUCCGGCGGGGCGGAGGGCGCGGCCGUCCGGGACGACGCCAAAGCCGAAGAGCCAAAAGGGGCGGCGCGGCGGAUCUUCAUGCCCGAGUCGGACGCCUCCAACUUCUUCAAACGCCGAGGACGCCGCUCCGUCCGCUACCAGGAGAUGCUGGCUGAGCAGAGGGUGAGGCAGUCCCAGGAUGAGAGGAGGAGGGAGUACAACGAGGAGCAGAGGGACGAGUAUGAGAACUACACCGAGGAGGCGCGUGACGAACAAAACGAGAGGAUGAGGGAGAAGAACGAGCAGGUGCGGGAGUUUCACUACGACGGCAUGUACCCUCGCUACUACUGGUACCACUGAGCGCGCUCCGUAGCGUGAUGGGCGGGGCCAACAACACCUGGCGGCCAAUGGCGGACGACCCCGCCGCCCAGAGGAAACUCGUUCAUCAUGUUUCCUCUGAUUCCUGAGAAAAAUUCAACUGUUUGUCUCUACCAUUUUAGUCUGAAAGCUUUUUGUAUAAAAUCUUAGUGCAAUAGUCUUUCCUCUCCAGGUCAAACUGAAAGGUGCAUUUUAAUAGUCAUUAAGUUUCUUUAAAUAUUUUUACUGUAACUACCUGUUCUCACCUGUACAUACAUACAAGCUACACAACCAUGUCUUCAUGGCCAGUCUGUUUAAACAGGGUCACUAUGAAGUGACAAUAUUUAGUGCUGAUAAAUAAAUCAAGCUUUUAUGUUCGCAAUACAUGUGUCAGGCAAUGGCUGCAUUUCCACAAGGGGGCAGUAGUGCUGCUUUUGUAAGGAAAAUAAAAACAACUUUAAAGGACCGCACCAGUGAUUUUAAAAGUUUGGCUCAUUUACUAAAAAUUCUCCACAUUUUCCAUGUCAACAAACUUUUUAUCAAAUCAUGUGAAAGUACUAAAGAUUUCACAACAUAGAAUUAAAAAUAUCUCCAUUUUCAAAUUUGAAUUUUUUUCAGUUUAAAG